AGCGAUCCAGGGCAUUUUAAUGGCUGUGUUUUGUUGUAGGAAGGUGUUGUCCGGUUAGUUAGUGUCUUAUCUGUUUCGGAGGGCAGCCUGAACUUGGUAUUAAAGUACAGAGAGAGGGAGAGGCUGUGUGUGUCACAAGGAGGAGUCUGAUGUAAGAUGAGGUUAUAGAUGAAGUGGUUGGACAUUGAUCCAGGUUUAUAGAGUGGGUGGAAAAUGCAACAGGAGUUUUGUUGUCUUCCUGGAUGUCUCUACAGUCCCUACUGUCUCUACAGCCUUCUGACUGGAAGACGUUGCAUAGAAAGUGCCUGAAGACCAAGAAUCUGCUGCAGACUCCCAAAACCUCCUCACGUCCUCUCUGCCAAAUCUAGGAUCAUGUCGGGCGCCUAUGACGAGUCGGCCAGCCAGGAGGAUGCCACAGACAGCUUCUGGGAGGUGGGAAACUAUAAGCGUGCUGUGAAGCGGAUUGAUGAUGGCCACCGGCUCUGCAAUGACCUGAUGAACUGUAUACAAGAGCGAGCCAAAAUCGAGAAGGCCUACAGCCAGCAGCUGACCGACUGGUCUAAGAGAUGGAGACAGCUGGUGGAUAAAGGGCCCCAGUACGGCAGUGUGGAGAGGGCCUGGGUGGCAAUGAUGACCGAGGCUGAGAAGGUGAGUGAGCUGCACCAGGAUGUGAAGAACGGACUGCUCAACAAUGACUUUGAGAAGGUGAAGAACUGGCAGAAGGACUCCUACCACAAGCAGAUGAUGGGAGGCUUCAAGGAAACCAAAGAGGCAGAGGAGGGCUUCAAGAAGGCCCAGAAACCAUGGGCCAAGAAGCUCAAGGAGCUUGAGACUGCCAAGAAGACGUACCACCUGGCGUGUAAGGAGGAGAAGGUGGCAUCCAGCAGAGAGGCCAACAGCAAGGCAGACACCUCAGUCACAGCCGACCAGCAGAAGAAGCUCCUGGACAAGGUGGACAAGUGCAAACAGGACUCUCAGAAAGCUAAGGAGAAGUAUGAGAAGGCUCUGGAUGAGCUGAGGAAGUGUACGCCCCAGUACAUGGAGAACAUGGAGACAGUGUUUGACACGUGUCAGCAGUUUGAGGAUAAGAGACUGAGCUUCCUCAGGGAGGUGCUGUUGGACAUCAAACGACACCUCAACCUCACCGAGAACCAAAGUUACGCCACAGUGUACAGAGACCUGGAACGCACCAUCACCUCUGCCAGUGCACAAGAUGACCUGAAGUGGUUCAGCAACAACCACGGCCCUGGUAUGCACAUGAACUGGCCCCAGUUUGAGGAGUACAAUCCAGAGCUCACUCACAUGAUCAGCAAACGAGAGAAGUCGAAGAAAGGGGCAGACGGUAUAAUGCUGACUAGCGUGACAGCAGCACCGAACCAUGUGGCAGCACCGGACCAUGUGGCAGCACCGGCUGGAGACAGGGGCAGUGUGAGCAGCUCUGAUAAGAACCAGGCCUACUCCUCCCAGGACCAGUCGGCAGAGUGGUCAGACGAUGAGCAGGCCGCGCCAAACUCCGGCUCAGACACCAAUGAGGGUGGGGCCAACCCCUUUGAGGAGUCAGCGAAGGGUGUACGGGUGAGGGCGCUGUACGACUACGACGGGCAGGAACAGGACGAACUCACCUUUAAAGCAGAAAACAAACAAUAGCAACACCCACGGCCCUGGCAUGCAUAUGAACUGGCAUCAGUUUGAGGAGACGAGCUAACUAAACUAGAAGACGAGGAUGAGCAGGGCUGGUGUAAAGGCCUGUUGGACAGUGGCAAGUUGGGUUUAUAUCCUGCUAAUUACGUAGAGCCCAUCUAGUUGGGUUUAUAUCCUGCUAAUUACGUAGAGCCCAUUUUGUUGGGCUUAUAUCCUGCUAAUUACGUAGAGCCCAUCUAGUUGCUUGGGUCACCCAGACUGAACCGUCCAAUCAUACUGCACAUUGCCAGAGACUUCAAAGCAACGCUUCCCUGUUCCCCCUCUCUGCCUGACCAACCAACACACUGACUGAGCAGUCUUUAUUUAAACACUCCCCUAGGACCCACAUCAGAGAAACACAGCACCAACAUAAUCAACACAUAUCAGCUACAACACUGGGAUUGUUACCACAGUCAAACCAUGGCAGUAUGUGUGUACCAACAACACCACAACUCCUACGAGCGCAGGAAACAUAUUCUGCCGUGUUCUAUUCCAAUGUUGUGCUGUGAUUAUGUUGACAUUUUCCUGGCAGUAUGUAAGUAUGUUCCCUCGUAACACUAGUGAUAUGGCAUAGUCAAUGGUGCCUGCAUAGCCAGAAUAAGCUACGCACUGUGCAUUGUAAAUAUUAGCAUUUUUUUUUUUUGCAAUCUGGAUGCUAUGCGAAACUGUACAGUCCUGUUUUUUUUUUUUUUGCAUCUGUCAUUCCAUGUAAGGUUUUAAAUAUGCUGUACAGUACAACAGAUUCUCACUGUUUUUCUAUCUUUUCUAUGUGAGUUGCUCCUGUUUUGAGUGUUAUGCAGUGUUUGGUGUUUUCCCCCUGAAGUCCCCCUGAGCAACAGCAGCAGCAUGUCCUACUGGAUCACAAUAAUGACAUUUAGCUGCAAGAUCCUUGACAAAUCACUGUCGAGCGGAGCAGAGCAGUACUACACUGUUGAGCCUUGUUCAGUAAAACGGUAUACAACAGUGUUUCUCUACCCACCGUUGUACCAGGGACUGGUAAGAUAUGGUUCCUUGGAUGACUGUUUAUGUUGAAAACCUGCUCUCAAGAUCAGAUGAAAUCGGUGUCAGUCAGAUAACCAUCUGAUGGACCACUCAGCAAUGUCCCAGGGACCGGUGCCCGCCGGACCAUGGAUCCUGGGAAUGAGAAACACUGGUAUAGAAUACAUGCUUUCCCCAAGGCAGCAUUGAGUGUACUUGUAGUACCUCUGACCAUGUCCCUCAUGUGUCUGUAAUUUCCUGACCCCACUGCUUUCUGGACUCAUCACUUCUAGUACCUCUGACCAUGUGUUGGGUUUAGGUGUGAGAGCAUGUGAACAACACCCCCUUCCUUUUUUCUGGCUACAUGUUUACAGCAGUGGCUUUUUCGAAGGGUCAGGGUUCAAACAUUAAUUAGCCUACGUGGGCCUCCACAAAGGUUCAGCACAAAUACAAAAUUGAUCCAACACCACCCUACUCCAUCAAUGGUGAAACGGGAAUAGGCUUGUCAUCAUAAAUGGACUGUCGGUGACCAAAUUAAAGGAGACAAAGACAUUUGGGAAUAUGAGCGAAUUCUGGGAAUUUGCUGUAUGGAUGAUCACAUUUACAGUAACAACCCAACGAGAGCACCACUUCCCCAUGGGAGAUACUAGAUCCUGUCUCCUCUGGCUCAACACUGUAACCAUAACAACUGUUUUUGUUGCCAUGGCUUCAGUUUAUUAUACGACUUCUAUGUCCUGUCUUUUUUAUGAAUGUCACCUUUACUGUGUCCCAGCUGUCUCCACCUUGCUAUCUCUUAUCUAACAGUCAUUGCAUGCUCGAUCACCAUAAAUAAGCAUUGAAUUCUACUGUGAGAUUACUGUACAAAUUGACCAAACUUUGUUUAUGUUUUUAUCCUGUCAGUUGAAUCCUAAACAUAAUCUUAUGAAAUCUGAUGCCAAUGAUUUUGGUCACUUAACUGGCAAAAUUUAGACAAAUCAGUAUAUUCAAUGUUUUUUAACAUCUCCAAAUAAUUGGGAGAAUUUGAAUCUAUACAACACACAAUCCUGUUAAAUCUUAAUCCUUGUAUUUUGAGCUAGUGAAUCAAACAGAAUCUUCAGCAGAGAUUAUACUUGUAAUAUGUAUGACUGUUAUAUGACACAGCUGUAGUGUUUGUUUCCUUAGCAACCCUGGGAGGUAGUGAAGGCUAUAAUACCCUGACUGCUCUCUCAACACAAGAGGUGUGUACUCUUACUGACAUGGGGACAAAGAGCUACAGUACAAAGUGCACUGCAAAAAAAGGCAGAAAGCGGAGCCUCCACUGAAAUAUUGAUGAGGAAACUGAAUUUUCUGCUGCUAGAAGUUUAUUCUGGAGAUCUGGGAUAUAUGGCUGUCGGGGGAAAUUUUGGGACUGCACACAUCCGAUUGUGGGAUAAAACACUUUAACCAUCAGCUCUCAAAAUGAGUGUUGUGGCAGCGCAAGCUCUGAAACGCAAGCCUAGCUAACUCCGUGAAUGCUUUACCUGAGCCACCACUCAUACUCACAACACACACUCUAACAGGGAGAGAAAGAGAGCAUGCAUAUUUAACGAUGCAUUUACCUUGUAUUUUACCUCAUUUUGCGUACUGUAUGUAGGGGAACCAGUGGUCGGACAUGUGGGAAAGCCCUAGUGGUCUAGAAGUCUGUCUGUUUAGAAUAAUAGCUAUUUACUCUACCAACUGUAGUGCCCGUUCAUCUGCAUACAACAAAAUAAAAUGCUUCAUCAAAACAUU